AUGAGCGUCUUGAACGUUAACGAAUCGGUUCGUGUUGACAACGCUAUUAUCAACUCGGAACUUCAUACUCAUCAACCUUAUACCACACGAUUUGGAAACAAUGACGAAAUUCGGAUUCCUAUUCAAGAAGACAUGUGCACCUUACCUUCUCAAAGUCACCUCUAUAUUGAGGGAAAAUUGUUGCGACAAGAUAACACGGUAUCAUUAGGAGCCCGUUUCAUUAACAAUGGAAUCGCAUUUUUAUUUAGCGAAAUUCGUUACGAGAUGAACGGCGUUGUGGUCGAUUCUAUUAGUAAGGUAGGGUUGACCACCACCAUGAAGGGUUUAAUAUCUCUUACACCAAAUGAUGCUGCGAGAUAUGAAAAUUCUGGAUGGUUUCCCACAACCAAUAGUACAAUUGUAAGCCCUACGGGACAUUUUAACGUUUGCCUUCCUUUGGGAAUGCUCCUCGGAUUUGCGGAAGAUUAUCGAAAAGUCGUGCUAAAUAUACGACAAGAACUCGUAUUAAUACGCAGCAAUUCAGAUACAGACGCCGUGUAUUCUGCAACUGCCGACGAGGCUUUGAAGGUUGACAUUGAAAAAAUUUAUUGGAAAGUACCCCAUAUAUUGCCGGCGCUUGCAGAGGAAUUAGCACUCACUAAGUACAUUGACAAAAAUAUAAACACCCAAGUUGCGUUUAGGAGUUGGGAAACUCACGUUUAUCCAGCUCUUCCACAGACCGAUAAACACACGUGGGCAAUAAAAACGGCCACUAGCUUAGAAACUCCUAGAUACAUUAUAUUAGGAUUUCAAACGGGGAGAGAUGGUAAAGUCAAUCAAGACAUGAGUAAAUUCGACCAAUGUGGUAUUGAAAAUGUUCGUGUAUUUCUUAAUACGGAACGUUACCCAUACGAUAAUCUGAAUAUUAAUUACUUAAAUAACCGAUACGCCAGUUUGUAUGAAAUGUACGCAGCAUUUCAAUCGUCCUACUACGAAACUGAAGGUCAACCUUUGCUAACCCCUGACCAGUUCAAACAAAAUGCACCGUUAAUAGUAAUAGAUUGCUCACAUCAAAAAGAUUCUUUGAACUCGAAAGCUGUCGUGCUUCGAGUAGAAUUCGACACGUCGGCCAACGUUGCCGCUAAUACCACAGCGAUGUGUUUGAUUCUUCACGAUAAGGUUUUUACUUACAAUGCAUUAACCAAAGCAGUUAGACAACUGUAG